AUGUAUAAGAGUCAAUCAUGCAGGAAUGAAAAAGGAUUAAAAAGAUCGAAUUUAAUAGGGAAUUUAGGAGAAUUAGGAGCUAAUUAUAUAUAUCAAGGACAAUAUUUUAUAUUAUCGAGAACAAGACCACAAGUAGCACCAAUUAUUAUGGAUAUGUGGAAUCAGGAGAAAAAACAUCUUGAAACAUUUGAUAAACUUCUUAUUAAACAUGAAAUAAAAGAAACGCAGUUAAAAUAUGUGUGUAAAACAGUAGGAUUUGCAUUAGGAGUGGGUACAGCGCUUUUAGGAACAAAAACGGCUAUGGCAUGUACAGAAGCGGUAGAAACGGUAAUUGGAGAACAUUAUAAUGAUCAAUUAAGAGAAACGAUGUGUUUGAAAGGAUAUAGUGAAGAAAUCGAUGAAUUACGUGAAAAAAUCAAGAAAUUUCGUGAUGAAGAGCUAGAACAUCUUGAUAUUGCAGUUAAUAUAUGGAAUUCUAAAGAAUCAUUUGGAUAUGGAUUAAUAACGAAUGUUAUUAAGGUGGGAUGUAUUGCAGCAAUUUGGGUGUGUAAACGAAUAUGA